AUGCCGAUAUUCUCACGCUCGCACAGACGGCAACGUGUGCCGUGGAGUUAUCGCGGAGUCACCGCAGCUGAAAGCUGGCGUCAGAUAUUCGAGACAGCAAGCGUUGACACGCUGGCUCUGGAGGCGAAUCUUCAGCGCAGUCGACAGCACAACGACAGCAUUAAGGAGCUUCUCAUGAAGCAGAUAGUCUUCACUGAAACUGGCAAACUCUCCAAAGCGGAUUUCUUUAACUCACUGUGCCUCGCUGAGCUCGACUAUGAAACUGCUGCAGGUUUUCUUCGGAAGAUCUCGCCCAACGGCAACCAGCGCUUGAAACUGAGACGCCGCAGCUUUGCCACGCUAGCUGCAAAGAUUAACUGCUUGGCCACGAAGACCCCACCAGCGACGAAUGACCCAUAUAGACUAUUCAGGUUUUCGAGUCCGAAUCCAUGUGCCGAAACAACGCCACGCGAGCUGGAGCUACUCUCCCAGCUGUUCUCUGCGCUUCGUCAGCUUAACGGGAUUCGCAAAAGGAGACAAGUAUUCGUGAUGGUGUAUGACUUUGCAACCUGCAUCUGUGCCGGUAUCUACCCUAAGACUCCAGCAGCGUUGAUUACGAAAUGGAACAACAUGAAGCAGCAGUCGAAUGCAGCAAAAUUGAAGAUAAAACUCAAAUUGUCGCCUGGAAUAAUGGCUCCGCUCCACUACACACCAGUCCAAUGCAAAUAUUACCCAAAUAUCUAA